AUGUUAGCAGAGACUAUCUUAAAUUUUGAAAUGUUGCUGGAGAACGUUGACAUUGCCGGUCAUAUAAUGCAAUACCUUAAUUAUGAUGAUCACUUGAGCAUAUCACGUGUUUGCAAGAAAUUUGAAAAUAUCAUUAUCAACUAUAUAUGGAAGUGGAAAUAUCGUCAAGUGGAAGUGAUUAAAAAACCAUGGAUAAGCAUGAUCGCCAACCAUCAAAAUACUAACAUGACAACGACAGUGAAUCAAGAGGCAACGAUCAAUCGGCUAGGUGAAAAUUGGCAAUUCAUGAGAACAGAAGAAUUCGAUGAAUUUUUACAACUGAAUACCGCAAAUAUUGAAAAUCUACAGUUUUGGUGCAAAUUUGGCUUUAGUGAGGAGCAUAACUACCUGGGAGUGGAGCUAUCCAAGGAAUUGCCCAAAUUAACUUCGCUUAGUUUCUAUGGAGUCAUAUUGGCGAAUUAUGAAUUGAAAAUAAUAGCCCAAAAUUGCCCACUGCUAAAUGCCUUGGUGCUGGAGGAUUGUGUGAAUGCACGAAAACAAAUUCUGGUUCUGGGCCAUGAUGUGAAUGUGCAAACGAUUGCGAGUAUGAAGCGUUUAAAAAGUUUCACAUUGAAAAAUAAUUGCAUUUACAAAGCCGAUAUGCAUGUCUACAAUUAUAGGCAUAUCAGAGAUAUUUUAAAAAAAUUAUUGAUUGAAAAGCUGCAUUUAAAUGUGGCCAUAUAUUCUGAUGAGGAUGGCUAUAAUUGCAAAGAUUAUAGAGUCGAUAACAGCGCAGAAAAAGAUGAAAUGUUUGUACAGAAUGAGGUAUGCCAAGAGCUGGAAAUUGGUCAGUUUUUAAGAAAUGAAGACUUGCAAGAUUUCUCCACAUGUUUUUUAAACAAAUAUCCUAAACUGCUUAAGCUAUCAAUUGGCGGUUAUAUGUUUUCUUCUGUUAUAAGCGUGGAUCAAGAGUUUUACAAACUAAUUUCAAAAAAGUUAACGAAAUUAGAGGUUUUAAAAAUAAGUGGUUGCAUGCUUAAGGAUUUUGUGGCCCUUCCCAACUUGCAGCAACUUGUGUUAGAGGCCUGCAAAGGUCUAAAUUGGACUCAUCUUACGACAAUGCUCAAUGAGAUGCAGUUGAGAUCGUUCACUUCGCAUCGUACCAAAUAUUUCGGACUUCCCACCAUAUUGCAGUUCUCACCAACCCUAGAAAGCCUAGAUUUGGAUGUGGAAGGCAAUGAAUUUUUGCAGAUUUUCAAGCAACGACUUCCCAAAGUAAAAUCUUUGCUCUGGCAUAACGACUUUCAACAGAAUGUGCAGAAUAUCAACAAAUGCCUGCCAAAUAUAGAAAUAUUGCAGAUAUCCGAUAAUUGUUGUGACCUGGAAGAAUUGCUUCAACUGAACUCUUUGCAUACCUUAACUUUUCACAAAUGCUCUAGAAUUUGUGACUUCUUAAAACUCCUCACACAUCCAACAUUAAAAUAUCUCACGGUGGAGAACUACGUAGACGAAAUACAGGAUAUAGCCAAGAUCAGCAGCAAGCACACAAAUGUCUCACAUGUAAAAGUGCCACUAAACCUUUUUAAAAUUUUACAAGAUUUUUGGCUUGAUUUGCUGUCAUCAAACCGCCACUUGAUUCUGACCGUAACUCUAAACUAUGAUAGACCAGUGGAUGAAGAGUUUGUGCUACAAUUGGUGAAUAGUAAAAAGUUUCCCACCACAAUAAAAGCUAUACAAAUUUGUGGAUUAAAUAUUGACUGUGCAGAUCUGAAGAACUAUUUUGGCACAAUGAUGAAGAAAAUUGAAGUGGUCUCUACUAUAUUAUUGCCGUCACCGAAACAAUUGACUAUGGUACUAUGCGAGAGAUGACAAGUUAAAAAGAAACACCGACACAAGUGCAUUCACAUGAAUACGAGUAAUUCUAUAAAUAUUAAUGAAUAAUAGAAAGAUCGCAAUGAGAAAAAAAUUGAAAGGCAAAAGGAAAAAAGUUGAAAAGCAGUCUCUGUGAAAUAUUACCAGUAGUAUUUAUUUUCUUGUAUCAUUUUCUUGUUUACAUUAGUAAUAAAUUGUUUUUUUAUGAAA